AAAGUCAAAAAGCACAAUACUGCGUCUCAUUCUAAUUUCUACCACCUCAAGGCUCACACUGCUACUGCGAGUCUGCGACUGUGCUUCUAUUGUCAUCUGUGCUCUUCUACUGCCGCCCAGAUUAUAGGAUGGCAAGCCAACCCACAAAGGAGCCCCAAUCGAUCUACGAAUUCACUAUCAAGGAUGCUAAGGGAAGUGAUGUUGAUCUUCGCACUUACAAAGGAAAGGUCCUACUGAUCGUCAAUGUUGCUUCCAAAUGUGGCAUGACCAACUCAAAUUACAUAGAGUUGAAUCAACUGUAUGAAAAGUUCAAAGAUCAAGGCUUGGAGGUACUGGCAUUUCCAUGCAAUCAAUUUGGUGAGGAGGAACCAGGGAGUAAUGAUCAGAUUACGGAGUUUGUCUGCACUCGCUUCAAAUCGGAGUUUCCUAUCUUUGACAAGAUUGAAGUGAAUGGUGCGAAUGCUGCUCCAGUGUACAAGUUCUUGAAGUCUGGCAAAUGGGGAAUAUUCGGGGAUGAUAUCCAGUGGAACUUUGCCAAGUUUCUGGUUGACAAGGAUGGGCAAGUUGCCGAUCGUUAUUAUCCCACAACUGCUCCUCUUAGCCUUGAGCGUGACAUCCAGAAGCUGUUGGGAGUGACUGAAUAAUGCUAUAGCUUGGGCAAGGGCAUAGGCAUGGGAGGAAGGGGCAUCCUAAUUUUGAAGCGUUUGAAUACGAGCAGUGAGCUUGCCUUUUGUGUUUUACUGACUCCUAAAAGUUGCACUGGAUAAUUUUGUGUAUGAAUGUGAAUGUGAUGCAUUUCUUCCUCCAUAUGCGAUGGUUAACGAAGGUUUAAGUUGUUGCA